AUGGGUCGCCGGAAGAUCAAGAUGGAGAUGGUGAAGGACGCAGGGUCGAGGUUGGUGACGUUCUCAAAGCGUCGGAACGGGGUCUUCAAGAAAGCGAACGAGCUAGCGAUCCUGUGCGGCGCCGAACUCGCCAUUGUGGUGUUCUCGCCUGGUGGCAAACCCUUCUCCUUCGGCCAUCCUUCCGUCGAUGUGGUUACUCAGAGGUUUCUCCGGCACCUCGAAGAGGAAGACGACGAUGAGGAGGAGGCCAAAUAUCCGGCAGGUGGUAUGUCUUCCUCGAAGAAAGCUUCUCGAAAAGCGGAGAAACUGAACCAGAGGCUAAUGAAUCUGACGAAGCAGCUGGAGGAGGAGAAGAAGAAAGGCGAGAUGCUGGACAAGGCGAUCGAGGAGAAGAAGUUCAAGUGUGGCCUCGGGCCUGAAACCAGUCCUGAUGAUCUGAGCAAGCUCGAGCGAUUGAGGCAAACGCUGGAGAAACUCAGGGAUAACGUGAAGUUACGCAAGACAGAAAUGGAGGCUGCGUCGUCUUUGCUUCAACUUGCAGAGGAGUUACAGUUGGAGGAAGACGAUGAUGUUGCAGAAAGUGAUUCGCAUGACGGCAAGACCAGAAAUGGAAACUCAAAAAUUUAA